AUGGACAGACUAGAGAGGUGGGCCAAUGCCAACCUCAUGAAAUUGAACAAGGCGAAGUGCAAGGUCCUGCAUAUAAAAAAGCUUGUAUAUGUUUACCUGAUGCGUUACGCAGAGGAGCAGCAAGAUCUAGCAUUACUGUCCAUCAGUACUUUUCAGCGUGCUUUAAAAGAUCCUAAUCAGUUAAUCCGCGCAAGCGCUCUAAGAGUUUUGUCCAGUAUCCGUGUCCCAAUUAUUGUUCCUAUUAUGAUGCUUGCUAUUAAGGAAGCCUCUUCUGAUUUAUCUCCUUAUGUGAGGAAGAAUGCAGCCCAUGCAAUACAAAAACUGUACAGUCUUGAUCCAGAGCAAAAGGAAAUGUUAAUUGAAGUGAUAGAAAAGCUUUUGAAGGAUAGAAGUACGCUGGUAGCUGGGAGCGUUGUGAUGGCGUUUGAGGAAGUGUGUCCAGAUAGAAUAGAUCUGAUUCACAAGAACUACCGAAAGCUCUGUAACCUGUUGGUUGAUGUGGAAGAGUGGGGUCAAGUUGUUAUAAUCCACAUGUUAACUCGAUAUGCACGUACACAGUUUGUAAGCCCAUGGAAGGAGGAUGAGGUGGUGGAAGAAUAUAGUGAAAAUAAUUUCUAUGAAUCUGACGAAGAACAUAAGGAAAAAGAUCGGAAAGUGAAAAACACCUAUACUAUGGACCCAGAUCACAGGCUGCUGUUACGAAAUACAAAACCCUUGCUUCAAAGCCGAAAUGCUGCUGUGGUAAUGGCAGUUGCACAGCUUUACUGGCAUUUGGCGCCCAAAUCCGAAGCUGGUAUGGUUUCUAAGUCAUUGGUGCGUUUACUCCAUAGCAGUAGGGAGGUGCAGUAUAUUGUUCUACAAAAUAUUGCCACUAUGUCAAUUCAGAGAAAGGGUAUGUUUGAACCUUAUCUGAAGAGUUUCUAUGUUAGAUCAACUGAUCCAACAAUGAUCAAAACACUGAAG